AUGUCGAACACCAAGAUUUUCAUUGAGAGCACGGGGUUCGUACAGCUGGAACCGUUCAUUAGGAUGUCUAUUUCGUCUCCUCAAGUUAAGGUUUUUUCAUUAAUGUCCGACUAUGACAUUAGGGAAGUAUCGCCGGAAAACUACGUGCAAUUCAAUCCAAACAGCAGCGGGAAACAGACUAUUUAUAUUGGGGAAACCGGUUCUCUCAAAUCGCAACCAGGAUCGAGCUCGUACCCGAAGCCAAUCACAAGUCUGUUGACCACUUUCCACUCCCUUUUCCUAAAGUUAUUUCCAGAUGAUGCCAUUGACACCUGUAACUUUUUGCCGUUAGAUUUCUUAACGCAGCAAUGGAAACUGGCCAUACCAAGGGUUUGCUUUGAUCCGUUAUUGAUCCUCUUUGAGGAAUUUUCCCCAAGCCUUUUGCAUCAACAAAUAUUGGCAAAACCUUUGAUUUCGGGGUUAAUCACAGAAAUCAUAACAUUGACCAGAACCAUGGGUAUAAAGCUACCCUCAGGGUACGAUACGGAGAGUGACUUGUUGAAAAGAUGGGUUGCAGGUAACGGUCAGGGAUACCCAUCGCUGUUGUAUCAUUUUGAACACAAAACAGCACCAUUAGAUAUAGAUUUACUGUUACUUCAGCCAAUUUUGUUAGCCGAUGAUUUCACAAUCAAGACACCAUAUUUGGAAUUUUUAUAUUCCAUGAUGUGUCAAUUCAAGAAAUUGAACAAUGAUGAAUCAAAAUUAUUCACAAGGGCUACAACUGUAUCCAAGCUGCAAGAAGAAGUAAGCAAACUUUCUUUGCUCAACUCUUCUUUCCAAGAAAAAGAAGCCAGUUUCGCUGAAGAGUUAAAUCAGACAAAAGAAAACCUACAGCGCGAUAUUGUUACAAGGGAUACACAACUCUCUGUACUUAGGGAACAACUAAAGCAGGAGCAAUCUCAAAACGGGUCUUUGAGACGCCAACUAUCUGUGGUGCAAGCUGAAUUGAACGCCUUGAAACAGGCUCGUCCAGUUGAACAUUCAGUGGCGGGUGCAAAUGCUGUUGCUGCCACUCUUCAAACUCAAUCGGCUCCUCAUACACCAGUGGAUUCUGUGUCAUCUAGAGCUAUUGCUGGAGAUUCUUCUUCUCAGCCAGCAGAACAAUACACAGACACCGGUACUCCGGUCCUACGUGAUAUUGAAGAUAUUGCGGUUUAUGGUAUAGAAUACAAUGACUCUCCUGCAGAAGAUAACGCAGAAUUAAAUGCUGAUAAAUUGGAAGAAAAGCCAAUGACUGCAGCUGUGGAACAAGAUCAAGCAACUGUAGCUUUGGACGAACAUGCAUUGAGAGAACGCGAGCUGAAACUUCGCAGAAAAGAAUUGGAACUACAAGAAAGAGAGCUACGAUUACAAAAGAAGCAAUCACAAACGAUGCUUAACCAAAAGUUCAACAAUGUUCAAAAUAAAAGUGCUAUGGCUGCAAACGAAUAUCCAGCCCAAUAUUCUAGUCAAAUGCAAAUGCCUAAUAGAAAAGCGCAUAGUCAGUCUGCAUAUAUGGGAAAACCAUCCCAAGGCAUGCCAGGUCAAUAUAUCCCACCUGCUUCGCAGCCACCACAGAUGCGUCCACAUGUAAACACCGCCCUUCCUGCCAUGGGGCAUGCUCCAAUGAAUAACAACGGAGCAAGGCCAUUGAACGGCGUUGGUCUGCCUCAUCUAGGUUUGGAUGGUGCUGCACAGAUUGGAGGCAACGGAUAUGCACCAAAGACAUUCCAAAAAACCAGUAGAAAGAAUAGACGUAGCAAUAUGCCUAUGCUAAGGAAUCCAUCUAAUACAAUGCUAAACGAUUACAGCAUGCCAACCGGUCCACAAUCCCUUCAACCAGGUCAGCAAAGAUACAAUUCUAUGUCAAGUAACAUACCUCAGUUGUCAACUCAUUACCAUGGCGGUUCGAUGCCGAGAUUAAAUAACCCAAACCCAAACGCUAUGAGAGCAUCUUCUCAGGGACAAAUAAGUUCGUUGCCAACCCAACCUCAACAACAAUAUCAACCUGUUCCAAACGGAAUGAGGCAAAUCAGUACUAGUACAAUGAUAGAUGAGGGUGUCUCUACAUCUUCCGUUGUGCAAAGGCCACCAAAUGGUAUCCCACAACAGAAUCAAAUCCAAACUCAAAACCAAGAUCAACAAGAAAGAUCGAACUCAAAUUCGAAUUCUAAUGAACAUUCUACGUCACCACCAUUAUUAGACUCUGAUGUAUCUUCCAACAACCACCCAUCUUCUUCAGAAUUGAACACAUCUUCAGUUGAUCUCCAAGACAAGCAACUUGCGGAAUCAAACGAAAAGAAAAAUAAAGAAGAGAUCAAAAAGUCCAAAUUCUCCUUCUUUCACUCAAAGAAAAAAUAA